ACUAUUAUAGUGUGCCUGUUGUUAUAGAUUGUGACAAUUGAUGACAACCAAUACCAAUAAUUUAGCAAACCCAAAAUCCAUUGACAAACAUGAACAUUCCCAAACCCAUUCUCAUCCUAAUCUGUUUCCAUUUCCUCUUCAACAGUCAUCAAACACAAACACUGGCACAAGCACAAGCAGCCAUAGAAACAUGCUUAGACACUGGUUGCCACACAAAUCAACCACUAAUCCGAUUCCCAUUCUACAUAGAAACAAAACAAGCAAACAACACAUGUGGCUACCCAGGUUUCAAACUACUAUGCAACAAAAAUGAAAAAAACCAAACACUCCUCAAUCUACCUUACAUGGAAGUACUCAACAUCCAAAAAAUAAACUACGCAACACAAGAACUUUAUGUGAAUGAUCCCAAUAACUGUCUUCCAAAACGACUUCUCUCACUUAACCUCUCAGCUUCUCCUUUCCAUCCCGUUUACAAUCAACAAUUCACCUUUUUUAAAUGCUCCUUUAAUUUGAAACAUCUCACGUCUCGUUACAAACCAAUAGCCUGUCUAAGUGAUUCUCCCAAGUACAACGUUUUCGCGACACCGUCGCUUACGGUGUUUUUGCACUUGUCGUCUGUUUGUGACAUAGUUGACACCGUGAAUGUGCCGGUUCAAUCGCCGUUUUAUGAUCAGGUGUUGUCGUCGGAACUCAAGGAUGAUAUUCGGUUGACGUGGAAUUCGCCGUCGUGUGGGAGGUGUGAGUCUCACGGUGGAAGAUGUGGCUUCCAAGAUAACUCAACUCUUGAAAUUGCUUGUUACAAUAUCCCUUCAAGACAAGGGAUUUCCCGUGGUGUAAGUUACACCAUAGCCAUAUGUGUAGGAGUACCAACACUGUUAUGUUUCAUAUCGAUAUUGAGUUGGAUAUGCAGCAAGUUCAGAUUUAGGAUCCAUGGUUGGACUUGGGCUCCUGAGACGGUGGCAGAUUUUGAAUCUCUUAUUGAUCCACAACAAUACAACAACAUUUUGGGUCUUGAUAAACCUACAAUUGAAUCUUACCCAAAAAUAGUUAUAGGUGAUGAUGGCAUUCACUUACCAAGACCUAAUGAUAAGACAUGCUCAAUAUGCUUGUCUGAGUAUAUGCCUAAAGAGACAGUGAAAUCUAUGCCUGAAUGUGAACAUUGCUUUCACGCGCAAUGCAUCGAUGAAUGGCUUCCACUGAAUGCGUCAUGUCCGAUAUGUCGAACUUCUCCCCCAUGGUUACCAUCACAAAAUCUAGCUCAAUCAUGACUGUAAUGGUUAAUUAAUUGUUGAGUUGUUAAUGAACCAUGGUAUUUUUGUGGAGGUUCGUUGGUUUUAUUUGUUUAUAUUGUAAUUUGGAUUUGAAAUUGCUAAGUUAAUGUAAAUGUACAAAGAACCACCAUUUACUUGUCUUUCACUUUGACCAUACAUGUUGUUGACAAGCAUUUUUAAAACUACUUAUCAUAAGAAGUUCUUGAAAAUUGUUUGCUAAAAUGCAACUUCAUUCAAUAUUUAUACGCUCAAACUCAUAGUAAUAAAAUUCUAUUUAUUUGGAACGUUAAUUAAUAUAGGAGAAUCAUGUUAAUUAAGUGUGCAAUGAGUCAUUGAUAACAAAGCAUACAAUAUAAUGUAGGAUAGCAAACACAUGGUGUAUUUAAGUAUUGUAGUUAAGUAGGAUCGUUGAGCUUGUUAAAGAGUCUCAUAUCGAAUGAGAAAUGAUAUUUAAAUAUGCUUAUAAAAGGAGUGUGUUAAUGACUUCUCGAUCCGAAACAAAUCACCAUGUUUGUUGCAUAUACCAUCUCAAUCGGUGAAACCAAUGCCACACCAGUUAUUCCCUUAAAUUUAACAGUAUCAAUUUUCUUUUAAUGGAUGGGGAAAUUCAAUGUCCUCUUGAUCGGCUACAGUCAACUUGGUUUUUUCAAUGGAACAAAACCUUCACCUAUUGUAUAUGCAGAUUUCAAUUAUUGAAGGAGACAAAAUCAACUUAUUUUUCAUGCUAUUUUAUCAAUGAAACAAAACCUUCACCUAUAGCUCUUAGAAUUUGUGAGAAUCCAUAAGCUUUUGAUGAAAUUCAUGAUCUAUUGAUUGAUAAUGAAAUUUUUUUACAAGGUGGUUAAGAACCAACCCCAUUCUAACUGCUCAGGUGACUCAUAGAGGCAAGCCAACCCCUCCAAAGAAAGGCCAUUUCGACAAUCAUAAAGGGCCACUAGUUUGGAAGAAUUGUGAAAUUUGGAAAAAUUGCACGGAUUUCUGUGAUAAAACCUACUGAUGGCAAUGGUCCCCACAUGACUGAGGCAACUAUAUUUGUUACCAUUGAUUUAGCAGGUCAAGGAGUGUGACAGAGUAACAGAGCGCAUGAGCAAAAUGCGAGACUUUCCUCCAUCCGACUAUCUACAAUGGUUCAUAGAUUCAACAACCUCAUUUUUUACUUUUUAUACUCUACAUUAUUUUUUCUAUUUCACCUAAUAAUUCAACACUCAUUUAACUUUUACUCACUACAA